AAUAUUGCCACCGAAAUCGUUUAAAAUAAAGCAAGGUCGAAAAUAUUUCACAUUCAUCACUGGGCAUAUUUAUUUGAUAUUGAUCUUUAAGUUUGCAAAGACACUCAAUUAUAUGAGCAACUCAUAAUCGAAUUUUCAAUUAACACAGAAAGAAGAAAGGUGUCUAUAAGAAGUAACAAUCCGAUUCUUAUAAAUAUAUCUUCGAAAUGUAAAAAUUUUUUCAUAAAAUUUUUUCAUAGUUUUAAAGAUUUGAAAUUGAUUACGAAUUCUAAUAGUUACAAGUAAUGUACAGCUUCAUUAAUUCAAAGGAUCCUAUACACAACAAUAAAAUCGAUGAACAUCAUGUCAGUCUGCCUAUUCAGAUAAGAGUUUUAAAAACGCAGCAUUUUAAAGCGUAAAAAUCAUACAUUUUUGGGCCUUCAAACUCCUUUUUUUCUUUGAAUCAAAUAUUUCUCACAACUUUGAUAAAACGUGAAUACAAGCGCUUUUUACGGAUAAAAACAUCAUUUUUUAAAACUUUCCUUGACUGGUAGCUGCAAAAUCCGUUAUUGUGGACAUUUUGAGAACACUUUUGUGAUCAUUUCAAUCAUAAACCUAGUUGCCCAUAUAGGUCUACUGUCAUUUACUUCAUGUUACUCCAGAUUUAGGUCGAAGUUAUGAGCAUUUUUACUACAGAGCUAUUGGUGCUGUCUCGAAGGUCUCUAACUACCGAGAUGGCACAAAUAAGCAAGAACCCGAUGUAAUUCACCAAAAUAAUGGCUGAAAUAACCCAAAUAUAUGAUUGGUACCAUUAUGUGUUCUAUGAAAACGGUCAUUUGUACUAUAUGUUGAAGACAGACAUACACAGGUGAACUUCGGUUUCUAGACCCUAUCCUUUAUGGCAUCUUUGAAAAAUCAAAUGAAUACAAAACUAAAUAGUGCUGACAUUCGCCUUUCUCUUUUCAUAUAGGUACUAACCACAUUAGAUCUCUGCUGGAAUGCAAUCGGACCAAUAGGAGCACAAAAUUUGGCUGAAGCAUUAAAAAGCAAUAAUACACUGACUACAUUGAAUUUAGAUCUUAAUCAUGUUGGACCCACAGGAACACAAUAUCUAGCAGGUGCAUUAAAAAUAAAUAAGGCAUGCUAUACCUUUUUCAUUUGA